CCAUGUAAUCCAGAGGCGCAGCGCAUUUAGUGGAUUCACUUUGGAAGCCAAAAGCCGGUUCUCAUCUGAACGCAUAUUGGACUUUAAAUUGAUUGGAUUUCCCACUUCUUGGUUAAGAAGCGGACUUUAAUGGAGCACAUAAGUUAAGAGUGUUGUAAACUUACUGACAACUCUUGACAUUUUCUAGGAAAGGAGGAAUCUGGAUCCUAGGCUGCUAGCUAGCUGGCUGCUAAUGUUUGUGGUUGUGAAAUAGAAUGGAAUGGUAUGUCAGGACUUCCUUCUCCUCCGUCAAAGUUGGUUGCUUCUGUUAAAUCCUGUACUUGAGUCUCGCCUUGCCCGGAGCUGGGAGAUGUCCAGGAGAGGUUGCACAAGUAACAUUUGCAUGUUGCUCCUCCGUCGCUGGUGAAAAUGAGCGUGACCUUGUCAUGGUUCCUGGUGAGCAGCUCGGGCACGAGGCACCGGUUGCCACGGGAGAUGAUCUUUGUGGGGCGGGACGACUGUGAGCUCAUGCUGCAGUCCCGCAGUGUGGAUAAGCAGCAUGCCGUAAUCAACUACGACCCAGCCACAGACGAGCACCUGGUAAAGGACCUAGGCAGCCUGAAUGGGACAUUUGUCAACGACCUCAGGAUUCCGGACCAAACUUACAUCACGCUCAAGCUCUCAGACGUCAUCCGCUUUGGUUAUGAUGCCCACGUCUACAUCCUGGAGCGGAGCCAGCACCUCGUCCCAGAGGAGGCCCUGAAGCACGAGAAGUACACCAGCCAGCUCCAGCUUGGUGUGAAGACGUCUGCUUUGAAGAAGCGAGCACAUGGGGAGGAGAAGAUCAGGACCACGAUGCCUUUAAACCCCAAACUGGACACCAGCGAGAGCAAGCCCCCUGUCACAGAGACUCCAGUGAUGUCCAAGCCCACUCCUCUGUAUGGUCAGCCAUCAUGGUGGGGAGAGGACGUAGAGGAGCCCCUGGCAGCUGACACCAGUGAUGGCUCACAACCAGAGCAGGGGAUCAACAGUCGACACAGUGGCAACCCUGUUAAAGCGGGCUACUUGCAAUCAAGCCGCGAGCCCAGCUACUUUGAGAUCCCCACCAAGGAGUUCCAGUCGUUUGAUCCCAAGAGCAUGACCAAUCCCCAGCAGCUUCAGGAAAUUCCCACCAAAGACACAGAUGCCCAGGUGGUGGCGCCACCGAGCCCGUCCUCCACACUGGCCACCCAUCCAGACGUCCAGGCACCUGUGGUCCAGAGCCACGCCUCCUUCACCAUCGAGUUUGACGACGUUGAGCCAGGCAAGAUGAUGAUUAAGGACCACGUGACCAAGUUCUCUCUCAGGCAGCGCCAUCGGCAGGGCGGUGGUGGUGGUGGUGGUGGUAGUGGGACGUUCUCCUCGGCAUCAACCCCGGAGGCGACCGCCGCCACUGCGCCUCUGGAGGAAAUGUCUGUCCAGAGCAAGGUUGCUGAUUGGCUGGUGCACAGCAGCGUCGGCAUGACGACGACGAGAAGGAAGUCGCGCUCUGAUGACAUGUACAGCACCAAGAGUGACCUGCCCACCAAUAGCAAGACGCUCAAGGAUCACCAGCACGAGGAUGGGACUCUGAGCAACUCCGAGGAUUCCCCUCUAAUGGAGAAGCACAGGAGGCAGCGCUCAACCCCUGAGCCGUCAAAACACUUCACCCCUCCUUCAUCCGAGGGCCACCUCACCUCCUCCAACACGCCGCAAAGCAAGACCAGAGGUGAUCCUCAGCAGGCCUUUGUCAUCGAGUUCUUUGACAACAACAACAUGCGAAAGAAGCGGUCCCAGUCGUUCAGCAACAACAUGGGCGACGGUGGCGAGAGCAUUCCCGUGCCCAAAGGUCACAUGGAGAAGAAAAAGGCUGCUGCCGCCCUGCAGGGCGAGAGGGGUACUGCAAGCCAGGGCUCCAUCCCAGCUACGCAGCAGUUCACCGUGCCCCUCAAAGGCGGCUCAUCCACCUCGUCAAGCAGAAGCUUUCAGCGGGCGGGCUCGCUGCGGCGGGAGAAGAGAGACGUGCGCCAGAGCUCUUCCGCUAACUUCUCCUCGUGCUCUGCCUCCUCUUCCUCGUCUCCGCGGCCCUUUGGGAGCGUGGGCCGUCGCUCUAAGCUGGCGCAGGACUUUGCCAACGAGUUUCUCAGACAGUCCUCAGCUGCCCCCGUUGCCAAUCCUGCUGUCACCAAUGUCCCCGGUGGUGCCCUCUCGACGCCGUCUAGUUUGUCUUCACCGACGCCAACGACAACAUCUUCCUCUGCCCCGACAGCCUCUUCGCAGGCCGCCCCACAGAAGAGCACCUCGGCCUCUCAGUCGUACGCGUCCACGACCGCUCAGCAGCAACUCCAAGCUGCCAACAUCAUCAAGAUGACGCCAAAAGGGGUCAAGAUGCCAACAAGAGGGCCCGACCCUGAGCCUGUGGCCGGCAGGCACGCGAGGAAUGAGGAGGACGACAGCCUGAGUGACGCGGGCACCUACACGAUAGAAGGAGACGCGCAGGACAAGGAGGUGCAGGAAGCUCGCAGCAGAAUCGACAAGGUCUUUGGCGUUGUGGAGAGCCCCAGCCUCACUCGGCCAGGCUCUGAGGCCUGCGGGCCUGAGCUCUCCACCGAGAGAGGCGUGAGAGAGAUGCUUUCUAACAGCGUAUCUCAUAGGGACAGUAGUUCUGCCCCUACCCCACAGGGCACUUAUCCGGCAGCUCUUAGCCAGUCACCUUCCUCAUGCCAAGUAAAGGGCCCAGUGCACUCUUCGCCUGCCCCUGGGGGACCCAGGUGGGUGUCUAGGUGGGCAAGUCUGGCCGACAGCUGUUUGGAGCCCAACCCCACGUCAAGUCUCUUUAACAUUCCCGCACAGUUGGACCUCUCAAAUUCUGGUGGAGCCCAAAUUAUCCAUCAGGCCAUGCUCAACCGGAGCUUUGACAGCUCCGAGUCCGAAAGCACGGUGCGCUCACGACGCAUCCUUCCUCAGCUGCCAAACCAAGACAAGACAGACGUCAACUACUCGAACGUUAGCGUUCAGCCGGACCCUUACGCCACCUACAGCGUCCGAAGUCGGGGUGCAGCCAAGAGCGGCCAUCAGAAAGGGUCCAGCCAGCGCCUUAGUGUGCAGGAUGAUCUUGAUCCUGACAGCCUGAGCGACACUAGCACGUCAGACAACAGCACCUCUGUCACAGAGCCAGCAGAGGAACCCAGUUCGACAAGGACCAGCAAGAACUGGUCUCGUAACUGCUCCGAUACUGUAGAAACCAAGUCCAAGUCCGUGUCUUCUCGCAUCACCUCCGAGGACAGCCUGUCCAUGACGGAGGGUGACCACCAAGGCGACACACCCAAGUUCUCCACAGCGACCAUAACCAGGCAAAGUAGACGGGGAAGGACCAACGACAACGCUCUGACCAGCGCAGACUGUAGGGAUGGCACUGGCAGCAAAGCUAACAAUCAAACUCCGAUCUUUACCAGGCAGGAGAGCUACACCAAGAUCCAGAGUGGAGGAGAUGACGUGGCGGCGCAGAUCAGGAGGCUGCCCAAUAUCUCCAGUCAGGAUGACCUCAAUGACUUCAGUAGAGGGACGUCCACAUCCACUCAGGACACACAUGCCUACCUGAAGGAAACGGAGGAUGUAUUGGCUGUGCUGGAGGCCAAGCUGCACGACCAUGGCCAGCUGCAGCAGCUCUCGACGCCAAGUGGAGAGGACUCGCUAUCCGGAGAGUCCGACUUGGACAGCUCCAGCACGCUGAGCCAGCGGAGCAGCAAGAACUCCAGAGAGUUGUCGUCGUCGUUGGGAGCCAGAAUGAGACCGGCCAGCGGUGGUGGCACCACCACCUCCUACAACAGGGCACAAUCUCCUCUUGAUAGAGUCGAGCGUGACCGUGAAGCCACCCGUUCAAAAUCGACCGCCGCUUGGAUCUCUGAGAAGCAGCAGCAGGCUGACCCAUCGUGCCGCGGCAGUCAACCCCAACUGCACCGCAACGUUGACAGGCACGGCUCCAUGGACUCCCCUGCUGCAAGGCACCUGUCCAACUCCAUGAUGUCUGAUCCGGAGUCGAGCUCACGAACCUCGCUGUUUCGGAAGAAGAGCUCCACGCCUACUACUACGCACAGGGAUGAAUCGGGGAAACCAGGUGAUCGCGGUAAGACGGCAUCACAGGCCUUGGCCCGGUCUCAUUCCCUCACAGCGCCACGGCCCACGCGAGCCUCCAUGCUUCGCCGCGCCCGCCUAGGAGACGCUUCCGACAACGAGGGCCCGGAAACGGAAAGAACCUCAAACAGCGCCAACGAGCUAGGGACGACGGCGCGUCCAGCACCCGAAGCAAAGCGCCCGCUAUCACGCCUGGACAUGUUGGCACUGCCACGCAAGCGGACCAGCUCCUUCAAUACUACGCCAAGUGACACCGAGGCAUCGGCGGCAGCACCGACUCGCACCGGCUUCUCCAACCGAAGUGCCGAGUCCUCCACCACCUCCGCCCGUAAGGCUUCGUUGCCAGGGGACAAGAACCAGAGCAGGAAGACCCCGGUCCAAGUGGUCAACAAGCCCAUCAUCCGCGGCCGCUCAAGCAGUGCCAAGUACGCCAGCGCAACAGCCAGCUCCCGGAGGAGGCAGAAGGGUUCUGACUACACCUCCACAUCUGAGGAGGAGGGCGAGUCCAGCCAGAGCACCCCUAAACACAAACGCUCCCACCACCCAGCAGGCUCUCAGGUCUCAGGAGCGGCCCGCGCUCACGGGGGUCACGGGGGUCAGGGUGGUCAGGGUGGUCAUGUGACGCCUCUUGUGGGACGGCGAGCCCACGGCGCCCCCCCUGGUCAAGACUCUGAGGAGGACGGCCCGCCAGGAGAUGCCUUCCAGAACUGGACGUCGCACAGUGCAGAGAUCGCCAGACUGAGUCAGGACCUGGCUAAGGACCUGGCCAUACUGGCUCGGGAGAUCCAUGAUGUGGCAGGAGACAGCACAGAGUCUUCGCAGACACACGCCGCCCCUCCAGCCAGUCAAGAGCAGGACAUUCCAGAUGUCAGUCAGAACUUCAAAAGGAGUGCGUCGUUCUCUGUUUCGAGCAGACAGCCAGAGCAGCACCACCAAAUCUCUGAAGUUGGCGGCCGAGUGCAGGACAAGGGGGCAGGAGACAAUCAGCUUCUGAAUCCAGUAUCACAGGUCUCUCUGGCCAUACGAGAAAACACUGAACAGCUGACCGAGAAACUGAAAGUUCUGUUUCAGAACAAAGGGCAAGUGUGGGAAGAAAUUGAGACCGUCAACUCUGACAAUGACACUGCUUCUCAGAAAACAGGAAACAAGGAAGUUGCUGCUAUUUUGAAGGAGCUCAGAAGAGUUCAGCGACAGCUAGAAGUCAUCAACAACAUCAUAGAGCCGGAUGGGAGGGCUGACCUGACCCGAACUGCUUCCGUCAGUACCCCCUCUCUGUGGAGCGCGAGGGGUGGCGGCGGCGGCGGCGGCAGGGUGGCGGCGUCCCACCUCAGGGACCGAAGACCCGGCGGCGCCUCUCCAAGAAGCAGUGGAGACGUAGGAAGAGAAGGAGGAGGAGGACUCAGACAAGGAGGUGGCAGCAAGAGGUCGUCUGGGCCCUCUGCUGAUGGAAGCAGCUUCCUGCUGUAGAGGAGGGGUGGGGGU